AUGUGUGACGUGGUGUUAGGCACUCAAUGGGGAGAUGAAGGAAAAGGAAAACUAGUUGAUAUUUUGUGUGAUGAUAUUGAUAUUUGUGCAAGAUGUCAAGGUGGGAAUAAUGCUGGUCACACGAUUAUCGUAGACGGGAAGAAAUUUGAUUUCCAUAUGUUACCCAGUGGGUUGGUUAAUCCCAAGUGUAAAAACUUGUUAGGUUCAGGUGUUGUUAUUCAUGUACCUUCAUUUUUUGAAGAAUUGAACAAUUUGGAGAAAAAAGGGUUAAACUGUGAUGGUCGACUUUUUGUUAGUUCUAGAGCUCAUUUGGUCUUUGAUUUCCACCAGAGAACUGAUAAGUUGAAAGAAGCCGAGUUAUCGGAGAAUAAAAAGGCAAUUGGUACCACUGGUAAAGGUAUUGGUCCUACUUAUUCUACAAAGGCAUCUAGAUCAGGUAUUAGGGUUCACCAUUUGGUUAAUCCUUCUGACAAUGCAUGGGAGGAGUUCAAAUUGAGAUAUAUGAGAUUAAUCAACUCGAGGAAAAAAAGGUAUGGUGAGUUUGAUUACGACUAUGAAGAGGAAUUGAAACGUUACGAAAAAUUUCGUCAAGAAUUGAGACCUUUUGUUGUUGAUUCUGUUGAGUUUAUGCACGAUGCCAUUUGUCAAAAGAAGAAAAUUCUUGUUGAAGGUGCUAAUGCCUUGAUGUUGGAUAUUGAUUUUGGUACUUUUCCCUAUGUUACCUCCUCAUCAACCGGUAUCGGUGGUGUUUUAACUGGAUUAGGUAUUCCUCCACAAACUAUUAGAAAUAUUUAUGGUGUGGUUAAGGCAUAUACAACCAGAGUUGGUGAAGGUCCCUUUCCAACAGAGCAAUUGAACAGUGUUGGUGAAACUUUGCAAGAUGUUGGAGCCGAGUAUGGUGUUACCACAGGUCGGAAAAGAAGAUGUGGAUGGUUAGAUUUGGUAGUGUUGAGAUAUUCUACAUUGAUAAACGGUUAUACAUCAUUAAAUAUUACUAAAUUGGAUGUUUUGGAUAAAUUCAAGGAAAUCCAAGUUGGUGUUGCUUAUAAAUUGAAUGGAAAAGAGUUGAAGUCUUUCCCUGAGGAUCUAAUUGACUUGGCUAAUGUCGAAGUGGUUUACAAAACAUUACCUGGAUGGGAACAAGAUAUCACUCAGAUCAAAAAUUAUAAAGACUUGCCUGAAAAUGCAAAAAAAUAUCUCGAUUUCAUUGAAGAUUACUUACAAGUCCCUAUUCAAUGGGUUGGCACUGGUCCUGCCAGGGACUCGAUGUUGGUAAAGACUGUAUGA